AUGGUGCACUUGACGGUACAUCUGGUCGAGGAAGUGCGACUCGGUGGCCCAGUUCAAUAUCGGUGGAUGUACCCAAUUGAAAGGUACCUAUGUCGUCUCAAGCAGUUCGUGCGUAAUAGAUCACAACCGGAGGGCUCUAUCGCAGAGGGAUACUUAUCAGAGGAGAUUCUCGUGUUCUGCUCAAGAUACCUUGAUCAGUGGAACAUUCAAGGGAUGGUACAAAACAUGUCUUUAUAUGUGAACCAAUCACAGAUACCAAAAAUAAUGUUCCAGCCACAGUCGAAGGGAGAACUAUUUUAUAUAAUUCCAUGGACCAAUAUGCCAAUACAAGGGGCUGGUGAUCACAUUAUAUUUAGCAAUGGUAGAGCAUCGCAGAGAACAAAAUCAGAUUUUGCAGAGUAUUUGCAUAUGGGAUAUGCAACGUAUGAAUGUGAACAUUGUGCUACUCUCUUUUGGUACGAUCAGAGAUCAAAUAAGAAUAACAACACAGUAGAUCUUAAGUUCAAUUUAUAUUGUAAAGGAGGACAGGUGCAACUUCCACACCUACCAGAAGCCCCUAACGUGUUGUAUGAGUUGUUGUUCAAUAAUACUCCCAAGAGCAAGCAUUUUCGAGAUAACAUCAGAUCAUACAAUAGCAUGUUUCAGUUUACAUCGAUGGGUGCAAAGAUAGAUCGUGGUUUAAAUACUUCCAGAGGUCUACCUACAUUUACACUUUUUAGGGAGAACUAUCAUUUAAUGGAAAGUCUCAUACCGCCAGAAGGAAACGUCACAAAGUUUGCCCAAUUGGAUGUUUUUGAUACACUGAAUGAGAUAAAAAACCGCUUGGCUGCUAUCCGGGGUGAAGAUAAAAAAGAAAUACAUGAAGACAUUGUCAGAGACUUAAAGAAGAUGCUAGAUGAGAGCAAUGUAUUGGUGAAGGCGUUUCGCAUGGUUAAGGAUUCGGUCGCUAAAGAUUCAAAUACAACAGUCAAGCUCAGAUUAAUGGGCAAAAUAGGAAAAGAUGGUAGAAGAUACAACUUGCCUUCAACAGAUGAAGUUGCCACAUUACUUAUGGGUGACUUUGAUAUAGAUAAGACUGAUAGGGAUAUUGUCGUCGAGACUCAAAGUGGAAGAUUACAAAGGAUCAACCAACUCAACCUAGCUUACCUGGGAUUACAAUAUCCUUUGCGACUCUUCCAGCAAUUUUUGGUUGAUGGGCAUUCCAUGAUCGAAUCCUCUAGGUUAAACUAUAUAAGACUUGAACAGGAGAAAUUCAUAUGUGAGAUGUACAAAGGAAUAAAGGAAGCAGUUUUGAGUGGGGAAACAACAUCGUCAUCGCGCGGCAAACGUAUUGUAUUGCCUUCAUCAUUUACAGGAGGGCCAAGGUACAUGAUUCAAAACUAUCAGGAUGCAAUGGCAAUUUUUGUAUACACCAUCAAAUUUAAAAAAAGAGGACUACCACGUGCACAUAUACUAUUGUUCUUACACAAGGAUGACAAGUAUCCAACUGCUGAGGACAUUGAUAAAAUCAUCUCAGCUGAGAUACCGGAUAAGGAGCUAGAUCCUGAAUACUAUGAAAUUGUGGAGAAGCACAUGACGCACGGUCCAUGUGGGAUGGCUAGGAAAGAUUCACCAUGUAUGGAGAAUGAUAAGUGCAUACGUCGCUUCCCCAAGAGAUUCGUUGAGUGCUCAACUAUUGAUGAUGAUGGGUAUCCAGUCUACAGACGCAGGAAAGAUGGGAGGACUAUAAACAAGUCUGGAGUUGAUCUUGAUAAUCGAUAUGUGGUUCCAUAUAACAGGCUACUAUUGAUGAGAUAUAGGGCUCACAUAAAUGUUGAGUGGUGUAACCAAUCAAGAUCAAUUAAGUAUUUGUUCAAGUAUGUUAAUAAAGGCCAUGAUCGUGUAACAGCUUUGUUCUACAAGAGUGCCACAGAGAAUGCUGACCUGGACGAACACGACGAAGUUAGCAUGUACUAUGAUUGCGGGUACAUAUCUCCCUGUGAGGCCGCUUGGAGGAUCUUUGGUUAUAACAUACAUUAUAGAGAUCCAUCAGUGGUAAGACUAGGAUUUCACUUACCCAACGAACAAAACGUGAUAUUUAAAGACCAUGAAAACUUUGAUGAUGUGCUGAGAGAAACAUCUGUGAAGGAAUCCAUGUUCCUAGGAUGGUUUCAAGCAAACAAGGAUUAUACAGAAGCAAGAACACUAACGUAUGCAGAGCUCCCCACUAAGUUUGUAUGGAAGACAAAAGAAAGAGUGUGGUUGCCCCGAAAAACAUAUUUUGUGAUUGGAAGAAUUUUCUAUGUGCUUCCAGGAUCAGGUGAAAGAUAUUACUUAAGGCUUCUACUCAAUUUCGUCAAGGGACCAACUUCUUUUGAGGAUAUCAGGACUAUAAAUGAUGUGGUCUAUGCUACUUUCAAAGGCGCUUGUUAUACACGUGGCCUUUUAGAAGAUGACAAGGAAUAUAUUGAGGGCAACGCAUUAGCUGAUUUGUUAAUAAAGACUAAGCUAAUUAUUUGGAAUGAGGCUCCUAUGGUGAAUAGAUUUUGUAUUGAGGCACUUGACAGGACAAUGCGUGAUAUAUUAAGAUUCAGCAAUCCAAACAGCCUUGAUAAGCUUUUUGGAGGGAAGACAUUGGUCUUCGGUGGUGACUUUUGA